AUGGUUUCCAGCAUUUUGCAGAUUGCUGUCGCACCCAUCACUGCAGGGUUGCUUCUGAAUAGGUUCUUCCCUUGGAUCUGUAAUGCCAUACGACCACUUUUGCCACCGCUCUCUAUCUUGUUACUCAUAAUUGCAUUUCAUCUGUCUGCAUUCGUCAUUGGAUACUUCUUCUUCCAGAAGGCUCCUGUUGUGAAAGCAUUGCAAAGAACACUAUCCUUUGAGACAGGAAUGCAGAGCAGCCUUCUCGCGCUUGCUCUAGCAAACAGAUUCUUCCAAGAUCCACUUGUGGCUGUGCCUCCAGCUAUCUCCUUCCCAAAGUCCCCAGAACUAGAGUACUUCCCCGCACUCUCUUCUCCGUCUUCCCGAAGCGAUGAUGGCGAAACCAAUCGCUGCUCCUCUCGCUCUCGCCCGCCUACCUUCUCUCCGCCCCGCCGCCCUCUCGUCCCUCCCCGCUCCGCCGCAUUCCUCGCCUCUUCGCCUCCUCGCCAGGACCGCCCCCUCCCCGAGCCCUCCCGGGGCCACCGCGCGAGGCUCGCCGGCCGCGCCGCGGCGGCGAGCCUGCUCGGAGUAGCCGCCCCCGCCGGCUGCUGCUGCUGCUGCUGCUUGGCCCUGUCGCUGGCGGGGCCCGCGUCGGCCGCCGCCGAGACGGCCGCGCUCGUCGGUCCUUCCCUCCAGCUCGCCGAGCCCGCCAACGCGCUGUCCUUGCCUACCUGGGUCGUCCACGUCUCCAGCGUCGUCGAAUGGAUCACAGCUAUGGCAUUGGUGUGGCAAUAUGGAGAAGUGUCUGGAUACGAGUCCUGGAAAGGUCUUUCCUGGGGUAUGGUACCGUUGCUUGGUGGAGCAUUUUGUGCAUGCACAUGGCAUUUCUUUUACAACUCUGAAUCCCUGGAGGUAUUGGUGGCUCUUCAAGCAGCGCUGACUGUGAUAGGAAAUGCAACAAUGUGUUUUGCAGCAUUCCGCAUAUACAGAGCAUCAGAGGAACGCCGUGGAAAAUUGUGAAGCUUUCAUGGAAUUACCACGAAUUUUCUCGAUGCUAGGAGCCAUCUCACUCAUGAAGGUCAAAUUUCAUAGUCCUUGGCGGAUUACAUUGAUACAGAAUUAAUCAUGAGAUGCUGGAAAAGCUGGAGCCUUUGAGAUUUCCUUGGGUUGAUUUGUAUGAUGUAUAUGUACAUAAGAGUGAAAUUAAUUCAGUCUCUGAUAAGUUUGUAUAAAUCAAUCGAUUGGUAGCUUUCCAUUAGGCCUCUUUCAAAUGCAUCUCUGGAGUGUGGAUUUAUCACCUGUUUGCCUCAUCUGGGGACUUACCAGUUUCUUUUCAAAGAAAAAUCCAUUUCCCAAUAGGUUGAUCAGGUUCAGCUUGUAACAUGACAUCUAUGUAAAGCUGGAAAUAUGUUUUGCUUUUACCUUGUUAAUAAAUCCAAGCCAGCUAAUUUCUUCUUCA